AUGCCGAUGAAAAUCAAGGAACUGGAAAUCCAAAACAAAGCAUGGCGAGACGAAAAUCUUAAACUUUUCGAAGACAACCAACGUCUGGUGAACACAGUCAAAUCACUGAAUGCUACUAUUUCUAUGACAAAGCUCCCCGAGUCUGCUCAGUUCCAACGAAUUAGCGAUUUGGAAUCAGAAGUUCGACGGCUGCAGGCCGAAAAUGAACGCAUUCGGUUGCUCGUUGAAGUACCUGAUACACUUCAGACCGAGUACGCAAAGUUAGUUGAGAGUCAGAGAAUGAUGCGAAAUUCCUACAUGUCCAUUCGUGAGGAAAAUCGCAGGCUUUCGGAGCAACUUCAAGGAUUUAUUCAGCAUGGACAACCGCCCCAGCCAGCGCUGCAGCAUGAUUCGGGACGUCAUCAAACAAUACCUACAUCCUACAACAUCCAACACUCUAUAGCGCCUCUAGCCCAUAUCCAAAAUCAACAUGCUAUGCCAUCACAAGGACAGUAUCCAUUCUCGUCGUCUCUAGGCUCGGCUCCCCUUCCUCAAUACAAUACUCAUACAGAGCAAAGAAACCCACUCAUGCAAACUCAGGCUGCAGUCUUUCAAAACAGACAACAGUCGCGUUCAAAUCCAAGCUCUCGCAGAUCGUCCUUGAAUCUAGUUAGCCCUGCUAUGUAUCCAUAUCAACAGAUACAUGUUCAAGGAAGCGAUCCUGCAAUCCAGAGACAACAGCAACCGUAUGCACAACCAAACUCUUCCUCCAACAGCAUAACGCCUUCAGGUACACAUGUACAACAAAAUACAAGACGGUCAUCUUUGCCAAUCACAUAUCAUAACUGGGGCCCCAACCCCUGCGUUCAUGACGAGCGGCGGAGUCCCUCCGCGGUUCCCUAUGCCUCGGAAGAACAACUUUCAAAUUCUGCAACGACAGUGUCAUCUAUUCAGUCGUCUCGUGGUACAGCAACACCACCAACACCUAUAAAGGUAUCUCACAAUCUCGCUCAACAAUCUCAAUUCGCUGCCCUAGUCUCCACUCCUUCUGCCCCGCCUGCCCCUCUGACAGAAGAAACUGUACAGCCAGUGGCCAGUACAAUCGCACCUCAAGAUACACAUAUUAGCCAGCCAGACAUGUCACUGAAUCAGCCAGUUCAUUCUAUGGUCAUCACAUCCCAGGCUUUACCUAGUACAGUCACUCCGAAUCAGCAAGUUUUUUCAAAUCACAAUAUACAGGAAGAAAAAACCACUUCCAGUCAAAAUUUACAACAAGAUCUGAAUACGUCAUCUUCCUCCGUCGAGCAGGUGGACCUCAGUACUUCUUCCGCUCCCAUCAAUCCGAACUCAUCUAUAGAUCAAAGUACAUCCGAGGUCGCAGACCCCCCAUCAGAGAUACAAAAUCAGGCGUUUGUGAUGCAAGUUGAUGCUUCUUCCGGGGUGGACGAGGAAGAAGUUGAACAGGAGUCAGAUGUUGGCCCAGAUGGGCUUCGACUACUGCAAAUUUGUCUGGAGGAUCUAUUCGGUGAACCAGACGAAAACGGUCGAGUGAAUUGUAAACUUUGCUUACACCGGUACCAAAGGAAUAUACAAUCAAACGCUCCGCCCACUUUUAUCAAUGCGACUGAUGAGGAGCUGGUAGCACACGCUGUUGCUGAGCACAAGCGUGCAUGGGAUCAUAUUCGACAGCCUGAAGUUGAAGGGCAGGAAUGA